AGCCUCGUGCUUUCUCUCUUGCAAAUUUUCUUAGCUUUGCUUCACAUUUUCGGCCGGGGAAACUCUUUCAAAACUCCCAUUUUCUGGGGAAAAUUGUCAAAAGCCCUAGCUCGGCGCACUGUUACUUCCUGCCAUGGUUAACGAAGGCCAAGCUUCGUCGUCUUCUAGUGCUUUCUCGUUUAUAUCAAAAGGCUGGAACGAGGUGAAACACUCGGCGGACGCGGAUCUCCAGUUGAUGAAAGAACGAGCCAACUCGUUCAAAAACCUAGCGACCUCGUUUGACCGUGAGCUGGAGAAUUUUAUUAAUUCAGCCUCGACUUUCUCGGUCCCGGCAAUCCGGUCGCCGCCGGCGGAGAUCGAUUUCGUAAAGAAACUGCAGCCUAAUCUGUCGGAAUUUCGAAGGGCGUAUUCUUCACCGGAUUUUAGCAAGAAGGUUCUUGAGAAGUGGGGACCGAGGUCGUCGAGGAUUCGGAUCGAUUUGUCUGCCAUAAAGAAUGCAAUUGUUUCAGAGGUGGACGGAGAUGGGGUUAUUGAUAUUGAUAGGGCUAGGAGAUCUAAAAGGCUGAAUUUAAGAGAGUUUUGGGGUGAGUGGAAGGGGGAGACCGAUGCCGAGGAAGGGCAAUUCAAGGAUUGGGAGCCAAUUCGGGCGUUGAAGACGAGGCUGAAAGAGUUUGAAAAGAGAAGCUCGUCGGCUGAGAUUUUUAGCGGCUUCAAGAAUAGUGAAUUUGUGGAGAAAGUAAAAUCCAGUCUGAAAUCAAUUUACAAGGAGCCUCAAGAGUCAAAGGAAGUACCACCAUUGGAUGUGCCUGAACUCUUGGCAUCUCUGGUUAGGCAAUCUGGGCCCUUCUUGGAUCAACUUGGCGUUAGAAGGGAUUUGUGUGAUAAGAUAGUGGAAAACUUAUGCAGCAAACGCAAAAAUCAAAUUCUUUUGCGCUCUCUAUCUUCAGAAGAAUCCUCAAUUGUAGAUAAUGAAAAUAUAAAUGAUGAAUUGGAUUUAAGGAUAGCUAGUGUCCUUCAAAGUACAGGGCAUCAUUAUGAAGGCGGGUUUUGGACAGACCAUUCAAAACAUGAUCCACCUGAUGGAAAAAGGCAUGUUGCCAUUGUCACAACUGCUAGUCUUCCUUGGAUGACUGGAACAGCUGUGAAUCCACUGUUUCGUGCUGCUUAUCUUGCAGAGUCAGCAAAACAAAAUGUCACUCUAUUGGUUCCAUGGCUUUGUAAAUCAGAUCAAGAACUAGUGUACCCCAGCAGUCUCACUUUUAGUUCACCUGAAGAGCAAGAAAUGUAUAUACGUAAUUGGCUUGAGGAAAGGGUUGGUUUUAGAGCUGAUUUCAAGAUCUCCUUUUAUCCUGGAAAGUUUUCGAAAGAGAGGAGAAGCAUAAUACCAGCUGGAGAUACUUCUCAAUUCAUACCAUACAAGGAUGCCGACAUUGCUAUACUGGAAGAACCAGAGCAUCUGAAUUGGUAUCAUCAUGGUAAGCGCUGGACUGAUAAGUUCAACCAUGUUGUUGGUGUUGUUCACACGAAUUAUUUGGAAUAUAUCAAGAGGGAGAAGAAUGGGGCUCUUCAAGCCUUCCUUGUAAAACAUAUAAACAAUUGGGUGACAAGAGCUUACUGUCACAAGGUUCUUCGCCUUUCAGCCGCUACACAGGAUUUACCCAAGUCUGUGAUUUGUAAUGUCCAUGGCGUAAAUCCCAAGUUUUUGAAAAUAGGAGAAAAGAUUGCUGCUGAGAGGGAACUUGGAGAGCAGGCAUUCUCAGAAGGAGCAUAUUUCUUAGGCAAGAUGGUCUGGGCAAAGGGAUACAAGGAGUUGAUAGAAUUACUGGCAAAGCAUAAAAGUGAUCUUAGCGGCUUUAAGUUGGAUGUGUUCGGGAAUGGAGAAGACGCCCACGAAGUUAAGAGUGCAGCUGAAAGGCUGGAUUUGAAUCUCAACUUUAUGAAAGGAAGAGAUCAUGCAGAUGAUUCCCUUCACAGGUACAAAGUCUUCAUAAACCCCAGUGUUAGUGAUGUACUCUGCACUGCUACGGCAGAAGCACUUGCAAUGGGAAAGUUUGUAGUAUGUGCAGAUCACCCAUCAAAUGAGUUUUUCCGUUCCUUCCCGAACUGUUUGACUUACAAGACUUCUGAGGACUUCGUAGCCAAAGUGAAGGAAGCAUUAGAAAACGAACCCCUUCCUCUUACUCCUGAGCAAAGAUAUAAUCUGUCAUGGGAGGCUGCCACCCAAAGAUUCAUGGACUACUCCGAGCUUAACAAAAUUUUGAACAAUAGUGAAGAAGUUAAAAAAUUGAGCAGCAGUAAGCAAAUGACUAAAUCAAUAUCAUUGCCCAAUCUUUCAGAAAUGGUCGACGGAGGAUUGGCAUUUGCCCACUACUGUCUCACUGGCAAUGAGCUGCUCAGACUCUGCACUGGAGCAAUACCAGGGACACGUGAUUAUGAUAAACAACACUGCAAAGACCUUCAUCUCUUGCCUCCGCAUGUAGAAAAUCCAAUCUAUGGCUGGUAAGAAGAUCAGAUAUCUCUUAGUUUCAGUUGUAUUAUUUUUACUUUACGUAUAGGAGCUUGCUAUGUUUGUAGCUAGAAAGUCGUACAUCGUUAAAAUGAUGUAUUAUUUAUUAUCGAAGUAUCUAAACUUAGUUAAAUCCAAAUUUUGUUGGCCUGAUAUGGCCGGUAAGUUGAUCAGUCUAGUCGGUCUCAGUAAGACCUUGUGUAUACUACUUAGGUGUGUAGGUAUAUAUAAUAUAAUAUUUGUUUUGUAUAAGCCUGCCAGGCUUGUGAAUCCGCAGGUUUCUCCUAAUAUUCUCUUUGUAGGUAUUUGUUUUUGUAGUAUCUUAACAUUGAUAGUGAAUUCCAGUCGUUUUUUUUUCAUGACAA